AUUGGCAGAUAGGAAACACGUGAUCUGACCUGUCUUCCAGGAAGUAUUUUUGGUGAUUCCUUACAAUUGAACAUAAGUCAUAUUAACCAUAUGACGUAUUAUGUUGAACGCAGAGCAGAACAAAACGAACUUUUCCCCCCCGUACGCCUAAAAUGUCCAAACUACAGUUGCUGAAUGUGUAUGUUACUCAACGACUUAAUGCGGCUGCUACAGAGAUCACCAUUGCCGUAGAGACAACAGUAGCAGAGUUACACGAAGAAAUAUCGCGUUCCAAAGAGGAGAUUAACCGUCUGCGUGAGCUGUUGAAUUUAAAUCUUAACCCAAAGAUUAAGUUACAAAAAUCAGAUUGCCAGCAGCUCACUCUCCCCAGAUGUGAAAAGGUAGUUCCCCAUGAACAGCAGCAUUGUGUGCAGGAGUGGAGCCCCAAACCAGGGCCGGAGGACCCCUACCCCACACCGAUUAAAGAGGAAGAGGAGGAACGCAGGAUCAGUCAGGACGAAGAGCAGCUUCAAUCUCACUUUGACAUCGAAGACUCAAUAUUCACUCCUCCUUGUGUGAGGAAAAAUUGUGACCAGGAGAACCCAUCUCAUCCGACGCACGGGAACACGCCUCAAACUGUGACGUACUCAGAGAGAGAGAGACUACCCACCAACACAGAGGAAGAGAUUAAAACCGAACCUGAAAAAGAGGAUUACAGGGCUUCCCAGCUAACUGUUUAUGUUGAGUCCCUCUGUGAAGUAAAUCCAGACUGUUCUGCAGCUUUGAGUGAGAACAAGGAAAGUGAGAAUGUGGUGCAGAUUGGAGGACUAACGUCAGGUCUCAAAUCAAAGAGAAAAUUGAAAUAUAACGGAGAAAGCUUUCAUACCAGUGCUGGGGGCAGGACGGACACGGAAAAUAUGAUAGAUCACUUGCAAACUCCCACUGAGAAAAACCAUUCCUGUCAUGUUGGUGACAACUUCUUCUCUAGGAAGCGAUGCCACACGGGAGAGAAACCACAUUUUUGCAAUGCAUGUGACAAGUGCUUUUCUAUAAAGGGAACCCUGCCCAGGCAUUCAGUGAUCCAUCCAGAGAAGAUAUCAUUUAGGUGUCAGGAAUGUGGAAAAUUCUUCACACAAAAGAGUUCCCUGUCCAAUCACAUGUUGAUCCACAGAGGAUUGAAACCAUAUCAGUGCAAAAUAUGUGGAAAGUGCUUUACUCAAACUGGAAGCCUGAGCAGACAUAUGAGAGCUCACACAGGGGAGAAACCGCAUCAAUGCCAAGAAUGUGGUAAACGCUUUACACAACGUGUCAACCUGUCCAGUCAUAUGAAGAUCCACAGAGGUGCAAAACGAUAAAUGCUUUCUGUUUGCUAGGUAGCAGUGCUGCUGGUACCAAACAUAAUUUCCCGCAAAAAGUAAUUCUCGUACAUUCUCAAAAAAAUAACUUCCGUUUGGUGGGUGUGGUAAGGUGCGGCUUGAAGCAGUGAGAAAUGUUUUGAGGCUGUUCCAUCAAGUCUGGCCUGUCAUUGGGCUUAAGUGAGGAGUAAGGGUUGUUUUUCUGUUGAUCUGCUCCCCUCGGUCAUGUCGUCAAAGUAUUGUCCAGAAACAUACAACAUAGGUUUUCCAUUAAGUAUUUCAUUUGUUACUGCAUACUUGUAGUUCAUUUAAAUGUUCUAGAAUGUAAGAACAUACUGAAUGAAGGAAAUAUUGGUACGAAGAACACAGGAAGUACUGCAAAGUGGAACAAUCUACAGAACAGAAACAGUAUUGUUGCAGCUAUUGAGGCAGAUAUGCUGAUUUUCAAAAAUUUUGAGGGACUACACAUUACAGUGAAGAGGGAUAGACAAAAAUUGUGUAGCUCAAAUCAUCAAGCUAUACGACAGAGCCAACAUUAUCCCUUGAUAAAUCUUGUUAUGGCAGGAUUUAUCGAGGGAUAAUGUAAUGGGGAUUUUGAGAUUAACAAACAGAAUAUCCAGUAGCCAUUUCCUAUUCUGUAAUACACGAUUGCCAAUGUUCUGUUAUAUGACUGAACGCCAUAUCUUUAGAUGUCCUGUUUGACUGUCAAAUGUCAUGGUUAAAGUUAGCUGCCAUUCAGGGCCGGGCACACUAAUAAUGUCCAGGACACUGUGAUUGCUGUAAUGUCAUCUGUACGGUGCCUGGGCCACUCACAUUGUUGAUUCAACUGUGUUUCUGAGAGUAGUUAUAUGGGCCUUCAGUAUGUACGCCUGUUAGAGCUUUAGGUCACACGUGUCUGUCUCAAUAAUAACAACCAGAUUUUAACUUCAACAGGUGAGAUUCAAAUGUUUUUUGUUCUUAAAACGUUAUACAUCAGGAUGACUAUUCAAAUGUUUUGAUUAAAUCGUUUUUUUGUGCUUGGACACAGCAGAAUUUAUACACAUUGUGGCUAUAAAUACCCAUAAGUAUGGCAUAGCCUCAGAUGACUAAUUGCCUGAUGCUUCCUGGGUUUCUCGUAUGGUUUUAGGGUUUAGAUAGGCCAGGGCUGCCCAACCCUGUUCCUGCAGAUGAACUGUCCUGUAGGUUCUCUCCAACCCCAUUUGGGACUAACCUGAUGUAGCUUUUUAUCCAGUUAAUUAUUAGAAUCAGGUGUGCUAAAUUAGAGUUGGAGUGAGAACCUACAGGUAGUGAUGGCCAUUUUGACAGC